GCUCCUCCUGGAAAACGAGGAAAACCCGGCGCUUUAAAGGCUGCAGCGGCCAGAACGUCGACGGAACGGUAUACGUACGUACGUACAACAAAUAUAUCGGACGCCUGCGCGCACGCCCAGAAACCUUUAGGAUUUUCGUACCGAGAAGCUCAGUUCACCCCGUGACUCCGCGAGCGAAGGGUUGACCGUAUUCGUUUCCCCCUGGGGUGUCCAGCUGUGCUCAAUACCCUACUAAAAUAUACUAUAUAUCACGGGGAAAUACGGGGACUCAGAAAUUGCGUCAGGGGAGGGGCGCCAUUUGUCGCGAUUCUCGCGCCCGCACCGAGGCGCGAUAUAUAUAUAUAUAUAUACAUACGCUAUUGAAAAUAUAAAUAAAGUAAAUUUGCAAGAGCAACAACGAUCGAUCUCCGGGUGAUACGUUGAAAUUGCGGAGAUGUACGUCGGUAUCGCGACCAAGGCCAACGCUGAUUCCUACCUCAAAUGUCAUCCCAAGGGAUAAGCGAAUCGCUUGAGCAGGUCCUCAGUACGCCGAUACCGCUGAUCCUCGGUGGUGGUUCGCCGCUCUCUGCCAAGGGGACCGAAAAUAUUCAAGGAUAUUAAUCCGAGGAUAACGAUAUCGAUGUGAUAGAAAUUGUCACGAAUACCACCGCGGUGUUGUGGAGUUCGCUCGAGAGGGUUAAUUAAACUUUUUCAUUUCACACAAGCUCGCUAUCGAGCGAUAUUUAAACAAACUUCGCGGUAGACGGUAUCGGUAAACUAUCGAAGAGGAGCGCGCGAAACCAAUAUCACUAUUGUUCCGGAGAUAGAGGAGAGAAAAGGAAGAGAGAGAAUUUUUGCACAGCUAUAGAACGUAGCUGCUGGGGGUGCUGCUUCCUACCGUUCGUUUUGCUUCGAACAAUAGAGAGCCCGCGAUUCUUUCCCGAACGUCGUAAUCCGUCGCUCAUUGAAGCGCAGAUUUUACUCGGUUAACGUAUAAAGUUAGUGACAUGGAUUGGAUUCUGGGGAUUACGUUGAUCGCAGCUAUCACCCUGUGCGAGUUUCCAACGACAAGGGAGGCGAGAUGCCCCGCCCCGUAAUCCUGCAGCAGUGUGCCUCCAGGACUCCUGCGGCAAUGAUAGCGUUUCGCGUAUAUCCCGGGGGUUCUAGUUUAUCUCGAUAUAGGUGUAGAUAUCAAUUCGCUCAGAUUGAUGGCGUUAUUGGUACCACGUCACGUUGUCAGAGGUCAAAACGUGAGGCUCGAGUGCAACUUUGAAUUGGACAGGGAAACUCUUUAUUCUGUCAAAUGGUACAAAGAUGGCAACGAAAUUUAUCGGUUUGUUCCGAGGGACAAACCGCCGGUCGUUGACUUCUCUUUACCCGGUGUGACCGUCGAUCUGCACAAUUCCACAGAGAGAUCGGUCGUGUUGAAUCAGGUCACACUCAUGAGCUCUGGUCGUUAUCGUUGCGAAGUUUCAGCGGAAGCACCGUCUUUCCAAACAGUUUCGGAUCACGCAGAUAUGUUGGUUAUUGCUCCUCCCGAAGAAGGACCGAUAAUUACCGGACGACCAGGAAGACACCGUUUUCGAGUUGGCGACGUCGUUCGUUUCAAUUGCACUUCGGCGAAAUCAAAACCUGCGGCAAUGUUGAGUUGGUUCAUUAACGGAGAACCGGUGGACUCCCACGUGAAAGUAGUGCCACAUAUUACCGAGGUUGAUAACGAAGGUCUGGAAACUGCUGUUCUUGGUUUGGAGUACCGCUUGCGUGCAAAUAACUUUAAACACGGCGACAUGAAGAUCAAAUGUCUUGCCACUAUAGGAAAUCUCUACUGGAAAUCAAACGAACAGAGCAUCGAAAGCGACAAACCGGUUAAAGCACCUGUCAUGGAAAGCCGCGAAACCAGAGCACAAGGACACACUCACGCUGAACACAUCUUAGCGAGCAGCGGUCGAUCAGCCGUGGGAUCUUGCUUCCUACUCAUUGCAGCAGCGUUACUCUUGCUGCGAUAAAAGAAAAAAUAAAGAGUAAGAAAGAAAACGGCGAACUAUACAUCUCUUCCAAAAGAAAAAAAAAUUUAACCAAACAGACAAACAAAAAUACAGCUCAUCGUUUCCAGGCUUCACUGCUGAAUUCCCACGGAACAAUUAUAAAAGUAAUUAUGUCAUUAAUAUUUUUUUAUAUUCUCAAUAGAAAAAUCAUUCUGCGUAUUUGUAAUACUUUUUAUAUACAUACAUAAUACAUUAUACACAUACAAUUAUAAUAUCUGUAUAAUAGUUGUCAGGCCUAAUUAAUUAGGUAUAUUGAUCGGUAUUUUAGCGCGUAUGAUAUUCAGAAACAAUAACUGUAACUAUAAUAUUGAAGUUAUAUAGCACGUGUAAUAAGGAAAGCUCGGGGUAUACAUGUACAUAACUUAUUAUUUUUAACGACAUGUUGAGCUCUUGUUACGGAAUAUUCCAUUAUUUCAUUGAAAUACCUUUAUUUAUUUUUAUUUCAUAAUGUAUAUUUUUUGCAAUUCGUCAUUUACCGCUAAUCUUCGGGGUGUAUGUUUCAUAUAUAUAACUUAUCCUGCAUAUCAUUAUUCAUGAUCAUGUUGAAUCUACAUUAUUAUAUCAAUUUUACGUACUCAAUUCGGACAUUUUAAUUUAAAAUUUAUUUUUCUACAAUUUAUGUUACGUCUUCGAUCAUCAUUAUGUAUAUUAUGAUUUUAAAGUGGAAAAAGAAGGUUCACUAUGUGUAGUCGCAAUUGUAUAUUGAAAUAAUCUUGUUAUAGAAAGAGGAAAUAUUUUGGUAUGAAAAUGAAGCGAAGUGUUAAAAAUAUAUUAGUAUACAUAGUUACAUACGUCUGUAUUCGCGGCGUUUUUUUUAUUGUUCGAAGAUGGUUUUCAUUCUUUAUUUCGAGUCUAUUUUUUCGAUUGGUCUCACAUUAGCGUGCCAUGCACAUUCGCGUGGCCACGUCCAUAUUUCUGCCAGAUAUUUUAUUCUCGUUUGAAUUGAUAAUUUUAUUUUUCAUCGUUCUAUAGCCUUUACUAAUCUAGUCGGUAUUCAUUACUCAUAAACUAUUACAUUAUAUUGAUAUUCUAAAACGUGUGAAUUUAGCAUGUGUCUAUUAGCAGUAAGAGACAUUUCUCACUAGACAUUCCUAACUGUUCUUUGAAUAUUAGUGUAACAGCAUAACGUGUAUUUUAUGCUUUCAUCUACUUACCUUAACAUAUAAUGUAAAUAUGUAUAUAAUUAAAAAAUUACUUUAAUUAAUUUAAUAUUCCAUAAUAAAACAGUGUUAAAUCAAA